UCCCCCGCAGCCCGCAGGCCCGGGUGGCCCCGCGAGCCGCACUGCGGGCGGUCCCCCGCCUCCGCUCCCGAGGGCCGGCCGCAGCACAAGCUCUGCACCUGCCACCUCACGCCGCCGCCRCCUCCUCCUCCGCUGGACCGUUUCCAAGGACUGAUACCUGUCUGCUCGUAGUGGUAAAGCGAGGACAGAGGUGAAGCCCAGGGAGCAGCAGAUGAGGACAGGCCGGGCUCCCCUGGAGAGCUGAGCCUGUGGAUGAUGCUGGCCACGGCACGGCUGCGCAGGCCUUCGCUUUGAGGUGGGAGGCAGGCCUCUGCGGGACAGCUUCUCCACGCCCGGUCACCAUGGCUUCCACACUCUGGCUGGACGGCUGACAGGACCGUGCGCCCCGCACGCCGCUGGACUGCGGGCAGUCUGUGCACCGCCCGCUYGCAGGGCGUGGGAGCAGGGCUGGUGGGCAUCAGAUGCUCCCAAACGCUGGACCGGCGGAGCGAUGGACUCGGACAGGCUAAGAUGGAAGUGACCUGAGGCCUCGCCGGGCGGUUUCCUUGCGACAGGACAGCUUAAGAGUCAGAACACAGGCUUGUCUGGGGAGCAGUAUGCAGGAAGCUGGUUUUCAGGCCACAAAUGCUUUCACAGACUGCAAAUUCACCUGCACCAGCGGUAAAUGCUUAUAUCUUGGUUCGCUGGUCUGUAACCAACAGAACGACUGUGGGGACAACAGUGAUGAAGAAAACUGUCUGCUGGUGACCGAGCAUCCGCCUCCGGGCAUCUUCAACUCGGAGCUGGAGUUCGCCCAGAUCAUCAUCAUCGUCGUGGUGGUCACGGUGAUGGUCGUGGUCAUCGUCUGCCUGCUGAAUCACUACAAGGUCUCCACGCGGUCCUUCAUCAACCGCCCGAGCCAGAGCAGGAGGCAGGAGGACGGGCUGCAGCCGAUCAUGUACGCCCCUCGGGCCAGGGACAGGUUUACUGCCCCGUCCUUUAUCCAGAGGGAUCGGUUCAGUCGCUUCCAGCCCACCUACCCCUAUGUGCAGCACGAGAUUGACCUCCCUCCUACCAUCUCCCUGUCGGACGGGGAAGAGCCGCCUCCUUACCAGGGGCCCUGCACCCUGCAGCUCCGGGACCCCGAACAGCAGAUGGAACUCAACCGAGAGUCUGUGAGGGCCCCGCCCAACCGAACCAUAUUUGACAGUGAUUUGAUAGACAUUUCCGUGUACAACGGGGGCCCCUGCCCUCCCAGCAGCAACUCGGGCAUCAGCGCGACCACCUGCAGCAGUAACGGGAGGAUGGAGGGGCCGCCCCCCACCUACAGCGAGGUGAUGGGCCACUACCCAGGCGCCUCCUUCUUCCAUCACCAGCACAGCAACACACACGGCGGCAGCAGACUGCAGUUUCAGCAGAACAAUUCAGAGAGCACAAUAGUCCCCAUCAAGGGCAAAGACAGGAAGCCCGGGAACCUGGUCUGACCCCUCCACGCGCACUUGAAUCGAGGAGAGGAACCGAGGAGGGGAAGAGGCUGCGCCACCCUCCGGCGCACGGUGUUGUCCGGUUUCACGUGGUACAACUAAGUAAAACCAAAUGUGCAAACAYGGUCUUUGUUUCUGAUUCCUUUCAGGGGAGUUGCAUGCGAAGGAGACUGAGACGAUGCGGACUUCCAUCCGGUCUGACCGCCAACGGUGUUGAUUUGGGGGCAGGGUGGGGAUGGGGGAAGAUUUUGGCAAAGGGUGGGCAGGGAAACAGAGAAGGGAUGCUUUGAAGAUAUCAUGAAAUAAGAACCACAGAGGUAUUUGAUUUAUUUAAUUCCGAAAGGAGACUUCAUAGAUUAAAUGAGGCCAGAAUGGCCUGUUUUGUAACUAACUGAAUAAAGAAGGAAGCGUUAUGAUAUAUUAUCAUGGGGAAGAAUCAGCCCUGUGGCUUUUUCUCCCAAGGUGUGGAACUUUUAUUUUGUUCUAAAAAUAUGAAGCAAAAUUCCUGUUUUGUGUGCCAAGGUAUAAAGUGGAGAAGUUAGAUGAAUGCAAGGAGCUAUUCUUUGUUGAGAUGGUGUGUUUCCAAAGUUGCACUAUUGAUGUUUAAAAUAUAUAUGAGGGAACUGUUUUGCGUGAACUUCUGUAUGUUGCUUGUCUUUUCCCUGUGGGUGGUUAUUAGGCCUGAAGAAYAGCCUAGAGUGAUCCCAGAAUCACACAAGAAAGCGUAUUUGGGGAUGUAGCCUAAUAUUUACCAAAUUCUGUAAAUCAGCCCAGUGCUGCUUGCUGCAGGAGUUUGCAUCCUACCUGGUGCAUCACUGAGGCACCAGGAGACGCUGGGAUGGAAGAUAGGAAAUACUAAGUUCCGGCAUUUCUGGCUUAUUUGAAUUACUCUGCUAGUUUUAGGCUGCAUACUUUAUUAAAAAUGAACAAAUGCAUUUAUGUAUCCAGUAUCGUGCAGUGCCGCCCUUGCCCGCCAGCAGUGUAGUUCCUCCAGUAAUUUAGAUUUUUUUCCACUGUAGCAUGAAAUAUAUUCAGAUACAUAUUUUUUUUGCAAUAAAUUGUUUAAAAUGCAAGGUGGUUAUUUUGCAUACUGCUGAAAUAUGUGACUCUCAGUGUGUCCCGUUGCCUCUCCCCUUUCCCAGGUAGCUCAGUUCAGUUCUGCAAGGCCGGUCAGUUCACCCAGAGGCUCCCAGCGGCCACCUGCAUACAGCUUGCCCAGCACUUGCUGUGUGAGCCAUGCUGGCAGAGGUCCUUGGAACUGAUGGAAGGGCACCUUGUCUACCAGUCAUGGUAACAAGCCAUUGCAUUUCACAAGUGUCACAUGGAACUCAGCCUGCAGACCUGCCUAAACUCCCACAGGGAUUCCACCUCCCCUGCCCCCAGCAGCCUCCCUGUUGAUGGCAAGGACCAGGGGGUCAGUUAGAGGACAGGGGCAGGUGGGGGUGUGACUGUAAUAGCACAGGACAAAAAGCACAACCCGCAGUUAAGAUGCAACCAGAAAACUGAUUCUAUAUAUUGUCUUAGUUUUAAUAUUCCUAACAUUUGCAAACAUUCAUUCUCACAGAUAAAAAACAAAACAAAAAAACUUUCUUCUGCAGUUGUAAGCACUUGCUUUGUCACAGCAGCAGCUGGUCAGGUUAACAUGUUAUGCACCAGGCGAAGGACUUAUCUGCAGUGGCCAGGCUGCUUUCCACUGGGCCUCUCUGGCCUCUGCACAUAACAAGACCAAUGGAAUGGUGACCUGUGACUACCAGCUAUGCGGCUUGAAUGUCAAGUUGUGUGUGUGUGUGUGUGUGUGUGUGUGUGUGUCUGUCUGUCACUGUGUUCUUGGAGGCAAUUCCUCAGACACGUCUCUGUGUAGCUUGCUGGGAGCUGGAGACUGUUUGCAAGCCCUUGUCCUGUCUGAUUCCAAUCUGCUGCUUGCUUCUGCUGCUUCUUCAGUAGGUAAGUUGCUGCAUUUGUUUUGAGGUUUGGACCUUCCCUUAGAUGGAUACAUUUCACAUAGUAACAUCCAUAGAACUAGGAGAGAGACAGAUGGCCAGCAGUUGUCAGCUCAUACCCAGGACCCUGCCUGGGAGGACUGCGUUUGAGGGUUGCAGUGGAAAUUCUGAGGUUGGCUUCAGUCUCAUUCCAAAGACCUUCUUUCUGAAGGCCUCUAUCAAGCAGGGAGAAAYCAGCCCUCAGGGCAGGGGUUGUCUUGGGGUCAGAGAUGGCCCUUUUCAUGACUCUGGAGGCUUCCUGAAAGGUCCCUCACUCCCUGGGUGUCACACCUAUGUUUGAGAGAAACUGGGUCCAUGACACAAAGGUGAGGAGAYACUCAUCCAGAAUGGGAUCUCACUGGUGGGGACUUGGUAUGGCUGGAUGAUCAGUCAGGUGUCCCCUGAGACACAGGUGAGAUCAGCUCACGGCUUCAUCAUUCCAAAUCUUGCCUGCAGUUCUAGAAAAGCCAGUAAAUCCACCUAUUAGCUCCACCUCAGAUGGCUUCAUGAGUCUUACUUUGCUACCUGCUACAGGAAAGGGCUAAGGCCUGAGACUUGUAAAUUCUUUAGUAGCCUCGCAAGUGUAAGGACAUUCUUUAGAUGUCGAUAGUAUUGGCAAAACAAUCAUUUAAUUCAAGUAGCUUUAAUCAUCCUUCAAAAGGAGCCCCCCACCCUUCAGGUACCCUAGAGAAUUGCCUUGUAAGUUAAUCAGUUGUUGCAAAGACACAAACAUAGUAAAGCUUGACUUUGAAAGGUCUUUGAGGCUGGGCCUCAGUAAUGAAUUAGUUUAAAAGCCAAGGUCAUAAAUUGGAUUAAUAGUCAAUUUCCCUUGACACAGGGAGGAGAUUUAGAUCAGCAGCUCUUCUGAAGGUUGUGGCCUCCCAGCUCAUGAGGUGUUGAACGAGCAGUGUUUGUGGUGAUGCAAGCCAAGCCCAUGUGCUGGUGAAACCAGCGAUUCAGGGUCUGAAAGGUCUAUAAUCAUGGAUUAUUCCCACAGAACACUGCAACAGUUAGAGGGCGAAACUCCUAGGAUACCACUGAGACUUUUGUCCCUUGUCAUUGGGAUUUCCGGGAGUUCUAAACCUAAGCCCUGCUGAACCCCACCUGUAGGAACUGUCUUCUGGCUUACCUCUGCUUGUUCAGAAACAAUAGCAUUUUCCAAAUACCAAGCAAUCUUUAAGCAAGAGAUUGUGAAACAAAUCASAUAUUUAAAAAGUUGAUGGCUGGAUUAUCAGUUAGGUGUCCCCUGAGACACAGGUGAGAAGAUCAGCUCAUGACUUCAUCAUUCCAAAUUUCGCCUGCAAUUCUAGAAAAACCAGUGAAUUUACCCAUUAGCUCCACCAUUAGCUGGGGGCAUGGCAUGGCUCGGGACAGAGGGCUGGCCUAGCAUGGGCAAGGCCUGGCUUUCAUCCCCACCAAUGAGGAAAAUUAAUGAGUUAACUAGUUGAUCUAUUUUUCAUGUUCAUAAUUGAUUGAUAAAGCAGUUUGACAAGCAUGCGCUCUGUCCUUCCACAGACCCCUGCCCAUCAUAACACACCAGCCCAGGAAAAAUCUCAAGGUAGCCGAGAACAGAUGUACCAUGAGGAUACACUGCUUACUACUGAAGCUCAAACUUGAGUGAGCAAAUGYGAGCCCACCAUAACCUGGGAGGUCUCAGAGCAGCAAUGGCACUGGGUCCCCAGAUAACUGUUUCCUGAACUUGAUCUUCACAUUUAUCUUUCUAAGAAUGAGAGGGGUUCAAAAGGAMGGACCUUCAGAAAGCCCUGAUCUAGAGGAUUCCACUCUGACCCCUGCCUUCCCCUCAGAGCCAGUAGACCCUCCAUGGUCCAUCCAACAGUUCUUUCAGAGAGGCUCCUGGGUAGAGGACUUAAAAAAAUACACUCAGUCCACAUACUUUUUUUUUUUUU